AUGUCCGACAACCCAGAGAACAUGCGGGGAACCCGCGAUACGAACGCCCGCGCCAAUGACAUUUUAGCCAAGAACGGCGAUGGCAAUGCGAACGCAAAUACAAACAAUACAACACAGCCCGACCGGACACAAACUUCCCAACCUACCAAUGCCAAUUCCAAUACAACCCCUCACCCCUCCCUCGCGCAACGUAUCCAAAACUCCGCGACCGGACUCGCGCGCAGUGCAUUCGCAGACCCCAGCGCCGCACAGGUCCUAUCCGGUGCAACAAAUGGGAAGACAGGAUCUAGCACCAGCUCUGGUAUUAGCUCUACAGUAGCUAGGGAAGCUUACAGGCCAAGCAACAGUUCCCUACCAAGUGGUAGAACUGAACAAACCGCGCGCGGGACAAGCGAGGCAUUUCGUGAAAGUGAUGUGCAGGAAGGCGGAUUCUCCAUCCCGGCAUUAAGCGAGGAAGAGUUUCAACGCGGAGAACAUGCAUUCGAGGAUGGUAACUGGAGUACCCCUCGCUCCAGUGAGGGGAGUCUUCAGGCUAGCAAUGGGAAUUGGAAGGGGAAGCAGCGUGCGCACGAUCCUAUACAGGGCGAAUAUACUACAGCGUGGGAUCGGGCGAAUACGAAUGCGCAAAGCACAGCAGGAACAGCAUACUAUACUGAGACCGAAACAGAUGGGGCAGCCGUUGUAUCUCUUCUAUCUUCUUCAUCGUUUGAUGCCGGCUUUACUGAGCCCGAAAACGAACUCGACCCCGAUGCUGCACCUCCACCCCUAACAGCAGAGGAGAUCAAACUUCUCGAUUCAUUCCGACGACAGAUGUCUGAAGAGAACUCCAGAAUUACCUUCCCACAGACACAGACACAAUCGCAACCCGCACACCUUUCUUCACUAAGUCUGGUACCCGAUAUCGACACAUUCCUACAACAAAAUGAUCCAUCCGCAUACAACUCUCAAACUAGCAGAGAUGGGACUAGUAAAUCGAUCUCGCUCCGCGAUGAUGUCCUUGCACACCUUCCCGGCGCAGAAGACUGGGUUGGUGUCCAUGAGAGAUAUCACGAUGAGGUGUGGGGGUAUUUACGUCCUGCGCUGGAGGCUGCUAAGGUGGAGAUUGAGGAGAAUGUAGAAGGGACGGCACAUGAUGGGGAAGGACCGGCUGUCAGGCGGUUAAAGAUGAUAUUGGAGCAUAUGAAGAUUUGA